AUGGCAGGCCAGGCCAUCUACGUGCCUGCUGAUGACUUGACGGAUCCUGCUCCUGCUACCACGAUCGCGCAUCUGGACGCCACGCCACCACUGUGCUGUCUCGCCAGGAGGCCCAAGAAGGGCUCCAUCACGUCAGUGCAGGCGAUUUACGUGCCUGCUGAUACUCUCACGGAUCCCGCCCCUGCUACCACCGUCGCGCAUUUGGACGCUACCACCGUCGCGCAUUUGGACGCUACCACCGUCGCGCAUUUGGACGCUACCACCGUCGCGCAUUUGGACGCUACCACCGUCGCGCAUUUGGACGCUACCACCUUCGCGCAUUUGGACGCUACCACCUUCGCGCAUUUGGACGCUACCACUGUGCUGUCUCGUCAGGUGAGCCAGUGUGUGUGCUGUAAGCUUCUAGUGGCUGGGUGUCAUGUGAAGGGGCGUGGCAGCAGGGGGCAUGGCUUCCUGAGCCAGCCCUUCCACGUGGCUGAGGUCUUCAUUGCCUCAGCGGUCAAAUACGCCGAUGUGAAUGAGAGCAUCACCAGCUUCGAGCCCGUUUACAUGGCUGAGGUGUUUACUGGCUGGCCGUUUACCCUUCUCCCCUUAUCCUGUCUCUUCUCUGCACACUCGCACAACCCCCUACACCACCCUAUCCCCUCACAGGGUGUGUUGGACGGCAAGUACGAUGAUCUCCCUGAGCAGGGACAGGCGUUCUACAGGGUGGGAGGCAUCGAGGAGGUGGUGGUGGUGGCCAAGGCAGAGAAGCUCGCCAAGGAGCUCAGCUCCUAG